AUGGGAACUUGCACUUCGUAAUCUAAAAAUUAGAGACUAGUUGAAAAAGCAAAGCGUGCCAUUGAAAAAGAGGGCUACACCAUUCUAGAAAUUAAGGAUGGCAAAACAACAGACAAAAUUAUCCCAAACAAGGUUGUUAUAGUUUCCAAAGACAAUAAAAAAUAUGCAUUUAAAAUCCGCUAUUUCUAGAACGAGCUGGACAGUUAGGGUAUUUCUGCUUAAGUGGGAAUCCUUUGUGAUUUAAAACAUCCCAAUUUUGUCCACUUUUAAAGAUAUUUUAUUCGCAAUCAUAUGUUUUUCUUCUUGAUGGAUUACUAUCCAGUAACUCUUCGUUCUUUGCUCUAUGAAAGUAAAUCAAUAACUCAAGAGCAUAAAUAUCGUUACGCUUUAGAGCUCGUUCAAGGUAUCAAUUUCGUUCAUAGUCAAGGCCAUACUCAUCGCGAAUUAAAGACUCAAAAUAUAAUGAUUUCUCCUGAAGACCGUAUUAUUAUUUGCGAAUUUGGACUUGAAUUCGACUCUGAUAUACAUAAAAAAAAGUAAGAAACUUCAAGCCUAUCUGAUAAGUGGUAUUUAGCACCAGAAAUUAACUAAAACACCGAAUCAAUCUAUUACUAGCAAUCAAAGCAAACAGACAUUUGGGCAAUAGGAGUCAUAAUAGCAGAAAUAUUCGGAUUUAAAUAUGCGAGCGCUUUAUCCUCUAAUGAAGAGCUAGAAAGAAUUAAGGCAUCUCUGAGCUCUCAAGAAUAUGCAAAAUGUCUUGGCGAAAUGGAUUAAAGUGUACAAUCAAAAGUAGUUCAAAUGCUCAACUUAAACCCUGAUAAAAGAGGAGACAUCGCUGACUAUCUGCCCUUCUUUGAAGAAAAGUACAAUCAAUUUAAUCAAGGCAUGCACCAAAAUAAUUGA